GGAUUAAAGGUGUUCACUACCACCCCCUGGCUGGAAAAUAUUACAUUUUUAUUUUUAUGUGUAUGAGCGUACUGCCUGCACAUAUGAAAGUGUACCGUGUGCAUGCCUAGUGCCCGCAGAGUUCAGAAGAGGUCGAUGGAUCCCUUGGAACUGGAGUUACAGACAGUUGGGAGCCACUAUGCGUCUACUUGGAACCAAACCCAGUCCUCUAGAAGAGCAGUCAGUGUUCUUAACUGUUGAUCCCUCUUUCCAACCCCUGUCUGUUUUGAGGCAGGGUCUCACUAUAUAGCCCUGGCUGGCCUGGAACUUAUUAGGUGGACCAGGAUGGCCGUGAACUCACAGAAAUCCUCCUGCCUCUGCCUCAGAAGUGCUGGGAUUAAAGACAUGUCCACUAUACCCAGCAAUUAAAAAUUUUUUUUAAAGGUCUGGAGAUGUAAUUCCAGUGGUUAGAGCGCUUCCCUAACAUACAGGAGGCCAUGAUGGGUUUAGUCUCCAAGUCCUGUAAAACAAAAGCCAAGGCCAAUGCCUGGCUGGGCAUGAGUGUGGCCGGGGCGGGGCAGGACAGGGUGGAGGGCAAGAUGGAGCGAGUGUAUGACAAUUCUGGACCGUUCCAGGAUUAUGUUCUUUGCAGCAGAGCCUGGGUCCCUGAGGUCCUAUAACUCAGAAAGGCCUGGCAGAAGUGAGGCCCGCAGAGAGCAGCCAUCUGCGGGAGGGGGCGUGACAGGGCGGGGCCGGAAUGUCUUUCACCAGGCCGCGCCCCAGGCGCGCACAGUUACCGGCCCAAGCACGGAUCAUGGCUGCGGCAGUGCUUCGGCAGGUCUGGGCUCAAAAACUUCUCCCUGUCCCCUGGCUUCUAUGUGGGCCCAGAAGAUGUGUGUCCUCCAACUUCAAGGCUGCAGACCUCCAGGUCCAGGUGACCAGAGAGCCGCAGAAGAAGCCGAACGCUAGCCAGCCACUGCUGUUCGGAAAGACGUUCACAGACCACAUGCUAAUGGUGGAGUGGAGCAAGGAGACAGGCUGGAGCCCUCCCAGGAUCCAGCCCUUCCAGAACCUCACGCUGCACCCAGCCUGCUCCGCCCUCCACUACUCUCUGCAGCUCUUCGAGGGCUUGAAAGCAUACAAAGGCAGGGACCGGCAGGUACGCCUCUUCCGGCCAUGGCUCAACAUGGACAGGAUGCUACGUUCUGCAAGGCGCCUCUGUUUGCCAGACUUUGACAAGCAGGAGCUGCUGGAGUGCAUCCGCCGGCUCAUUGAGGUGGACAAGGACUGGGUUCCUGAUGGCAAUGGAACCAGCCUCUAUGUGCGGCCUGUGCUGAUUGGGAAUGAGCCCUCGCUGGGUGUUGGCCUGGUCACACAAGCCCUCCUGUUCGUCAUUCUUUGUCCUGUGGGAUCCUACUUCCCUGGAGACUCCAUGACGCCCGUCUCCCUCCUGGCCGACCCCACAUUCAUCAGAGCCUGGAUGGGUGGGGUCGGCGACUACAAGCUGGGGGGGAAUUACGGGCCCACUGUGGCUGUGCAACAAGAGGCCAGGGAGAAGGGCUGCGAACAAGUCCUCUGGCUGUACGGGCCAGACCACCAGCUCACUGAGGUGGGCACCAUGAACAUCUUCGUCUACUGGACCCAUGAGGACGGGGUCCUGGAGCUGGCAACUCCCCCACUGGAUGGCAUCAUCCUGCCUGGAGUGGUUCGACAAAGCCUGCUGGACCUGGCCAGGACUUGGGGUGAGUUCCGGGUGGCAGAGCGCAAGGUCACCAUGAAGGAACUGCAGCGGGCGCUGGAGGAGGGCCGGGUGCGGGAAGUCUUUGGCUCAGGCACGGCUUGUCAGGUCUGCCCAGUGCAUCAAAUCCUCUACGAAGGCAAGCGACUCCACAUUCCCACCAUGGAGAACGGGCCGGAGCUCAUCCUGCGCUUCCAGAAGGAGUUGAAGGCUAUUCAGUACGGAGUCGGUGCCCACGAUUGGAUGCUUCCGGUGUGACGCUGCCAGCUCUGCCCUCACGGAUUGGAUCCGCGGACCUAUAGCAUCCAGUCCAGAGUCCGCGCCUCUCAGACUCAGGAGAAGUGCAAUAGAAAAAGGUCUGGCCAGACACCUGGGUCUCUGGCGCCAUCGCGUGGUCACUGCACUCCAAAGCCUUAAGGCGGGACCCAGACAAUUUGAACCCCGCCUCAAGGGUUGGGCCUCAGGGCUCAGAUGCCUCAGCUGCUUUGAAGGGGGAUCCUUGGCAUAUCAUUCUCAAGCUGGAUCCCCGGUGCUCUCCGUGAUUCAUUUUUUCCCCUCUCUGCCCUUGCUGCAAUUUUGAAAUAAAAUGCCAAAGAACAAGA